AGCAGUGCCAUUGUACUUUGUACAGAAGAAUCAUUAGGCAAAGUGCACAUUACAACGGAUUCAAGAUCCUGAAGCAAAUAAUUGAAGCUAGAAGAUCAUCUCUGAAUUCAUACCAAUUAUGUCAAAGUUAGAGCUUAUCCCCUUUUUGUAUUCUAAUGUAUUUUUACUAGUAUUCACUGUCCUUAUUUGUCUUUUCCUGUUGGAUUUUGUGAAGAGAAAAAAGGAUCCAAGGUUUCCUCCUGGUCCCAGGGCAGUGCCGUUUCUAGGUAACAUUUUACAGAUUGACUUCAGACAUCCAAUGGCAUUUUUCAACCAGGUGAGGCAAAAGUUUGGAGACAUUUUUAGCGUGCAGUUCUUCUGGCACAAGAUAGUGGUGCUUAAUGGAUUUGAAGCAAUGAAGGAAGCUUUAAUCAACAGAUCUGAGGAUAUAGCAGAUCGCCCUCGGUUUCCUCUCUUUGAGAAGUUAGGAUUCACAGACAACACAAAAGGAUUGGUAAUUAUUGGAUAUGGGAAAUCCUGGAGAGAGCAAAGAAGGUUUACAUUGUCUACAUUAAGAAACUUUGGAAUGGGAAAAAAGUCUCUGGAGGAGAGAGUGGCAGAAGAAGCUCGGUGUUUAUGCACUGCAUUUAAAUCCUAUAAUGAUCAGCUAUUUGAUCCUCAUUAUCUCAUUGACAAUGCAGUUAGCAAUGUCAUCUGUUCCAUAACUUUUGGAGAUCGAUUUGAAUAUGAUGAUGCAACAUUUCAAAAACUUCUACAUCUUCUGGAUGCAGCCUUAGAGUCUGAUUCUGGAUUUCUGGCUCAGGUUAUAAAUGAAAUUCCUUGGCUGUUGAACAUUCCAUGGCUUGCUGACUAUGUUGUUAAACCAGAUCAUGAUGCAAUGGAAUUCUUAAAGGAAAUCAUUUCAGAACACAAGAAAAGCUAUAACCCCAAUUAUAUUCGCGAUUUUAUUGAUGCUUAUUUACUAGAGAUGGAAAAGGAAAAGGAGAGUGAUUCUAGUUUUACUGAAAAGAAUCUCUUGUAUUCAACAUAUGAUUUAUUUGCUGCCGGGACAGGGACUUCAAGUACCACCUUGAGAUGGGCACUAUUAUACAUGCUACUGUACCCCAACAUCCAAGAAAAAGUCCAUGAAGAAAUUGAUCAAGUAAUUGGAAGGGAUAGAAAACCAACAAUGGCGGAUAUCCUGGAAAUGCCAUAUACCAAUGCUGUGAUCCAUGAAAUACAGCGCUUUAGUGAUAUUGUUCCUUUAGCCUUUCCACACAUGACCUACAGAGACAUGGAAAUUCAUGGAUAUUUCAUUCCAAAGGGAACUACUAUCUUCACCAACUUAUCCUCUGUGCUGAAAGAUAAGCAGGUCUGGGAAAAGCCAUACCAGUUUUCUCCAAAGCAUUUCCUUGAUGAAAAUGGCAAGUUUGUAAAGCGAGAGGCCUUCAUUCCAUUUUCAGCAGGUCGACGGGCUUGUCUGGGAGAACAGCUAGCCAGAAUGGAACUUUUCCUUUUCUUUACAACUCUCCUACAGCAAUUUACUUUUGAGAUACCAAAUAAUCUGCCUCGUCCAAGCGAUGAUCCUAUCUAUGCAUUUAUACAGUUUCCACACCCUUACACGAUCUGUGCUAUAUCAAGAGUAUAAAACUCUGUAAUAUACAGUAAAACAAGUUACAAUAAUUGUACCUUAGCUCUUAAAGGGUCACUAGAGGAAAAAAAAUGUUGCCUAAAAUUAAUGUAUGCAAGGUAGACAGACAGAAUAAUGUAA